AAAAUACUACCGCACCGUACCAUACGACCACCUAAAAACCCAGCACCCAUCGACCAAUACCAAAUAAUACCCUUUACACACACAACCCACCAACCAUAAGGCUAUCGCAGUGCAUCGGCAAUGGAUGUACGGUGUCCCCUGCACACCUAGCCUGCAUCUAUGUGUCCUGCGUACAUCCACACGCAUAUAUAUGCCAGAAACAGUUCAAGGUUUGCAGCAGCAGCAAAAAAAAAAUAAUGUUUUGUGUUGAAUACUGUUGUGUGCAUGUGUAUUAGAGGAGAGCUGCCAAAAGGACUUCUCGCAUCUGCAUUGAAGCGAUACCUCUCUAUCCAUGUCCUCCAUGAACAUUUCUUGGAAUUGAGUACAACACAUUUGUUUUGCAAGAUAAGGCCUACCUACAGCUACCAUUGCUGACCAACUACCAACCACUGAAGGAACAAGACCACUUAUUGAAUUUUGUUUGCUGCGGGUGGCUGGAACUUACGGUGCUGCAAUGGAUGUUGCAGCAGGUUUGCAGGAGGUCGCUGACAAUAAGGAGGAGUUUGGGGAUCUGGCAAUUACAAUGUUCGGUGAUGGAGUCAAGAGUGGCCAUUCUAGUCCAUUGGAGGAUGCUCUGCUGGGUGACCCAGACAAUUGCAGACUCUGCAGUGGUCCAUUAAAUGUGCCACGUUUGUUAUCAUGUUUGCAUGUAUUUUGCGAACAUUGUUUAGACAAAAAGUUAAUUGACGAAGGUGGUGAUGCUGGUACAUUGAAGACAUCUCUAAUAUGCCCAUUGUGCGAGCAAGAGACGAAGGUGGGUACUAAGAAAUUAGCUUCCCUGCCACUGGAUGUAAUGACUACAAACAUCUCCGAUGUUACAAACUCACUAGAAUUGCAAUGUACUAGUUGCACCGCAAAAGAAAUGGCAGUGUCGCGCUGCUCAACCUGUCACAAUUUGUUAUGCGGCAAUUGCGAGAAGGCCCACCGCUUCAUGCGCCUUUUCGAAAAGCAUGUCGUGAUCUCUUUGGAAGAUAUGCGCAAGGAAGGCAAAAAGAUCACGAUUCAUAAGCCGUUGAUAUGCCCCCAGCAUGCGGGGGAACAUGUUAUUUAUUACUGUAGUACCUGUAAAGUGCCCGUUUGUGCUGAAUGCGCAAAAGUUGAGCAUCAGGGGCAUCAAUACGAUGCCAUCCUUGAUUCCGAAAUGCGUGUUCGCCAAGAACUUGAGCGAAUGUUGGAGGACACCAAGGCAAAGAGAGAUGUGAUGAUGAAAGCUUCGAGCGAGAUCGAUAGCAGCCUCGAAGAACUGGCUAAUCAGAGGAGCUCUUCUCGCGAUCUGAUCAACGAAUCGUACCAAAGCUACAAAGCAGUGUUGGAGAAAUGCCGCGACAAGGCUUUGGUUGAUCUGAAUAAUCUAUAUCGUGAGCGAGAGCUCAAAGUAAUGGACAUGACUCAGAAAGUUGGAAAAGAAAUCGACUUGCUAGAGGAUGCUUGUAAGUAUGCUGCAAGGGUUCUUGAAAUAGGGACCGUUGCCGAAAUUAUGUACCUGCGAAAUGUAGUUGGCACUCAACUACAGAAUCUUAUAAAGAAUACUGCGAAACCGGAAUGCAAAUACUCAUUGGAAUUUCUUGCCGAUUACAAUGAGUUCAAGUCGACUUUGAAGAAGGUUUUUGGACAUUUCCGUACCGAGAAUGGUGAUACGUGUAAACAAGCCAAAGAAAAUGGAAACUUGCCCGUGAGUUUGGCGCCGCUCGCAAUUAACGGCCCACCCGCAUUGAGCAAUGGCUCUCUGUCCAACAGCAGUCCCAUAUCAUUGCCCACGUCAAUGCAGUCAUCUUUUGACGGCGGGGAUUUAAUAUCCAAUCUACAAGGACUGAACUUAGCUGCACAAUCGCCUCCCGUGUCACAAAUCAACCAAGGAUUGCAAGGAUUCUCGAGCAUCGCCGAGUACAAUUUAGCUCAAUUGGCUAGCUUAGCUGAAACUAAUGAAAGCACUACUACCUCUUCAAAUACACAGCCACUUUUUACAGAUUUAUUUACAGACACAGCCUAUAAAAAUCUGCAAUCGCUUGCCAAACUGGGUAAUUUCAACAAUACAGACAACGGGAUUGCUAAUGGAGGUAAUAUGCUGGUACGUCCGAAUUCGCCUGUUGCUUUGACAAUUUCCAAUAACUUGCUGAAUGGAUUCGGCGGAGUCUCAUCGUCAACGUCACCACUUCUAUCAACUCCGGACGAUAUGCUACCAGAUCCCUUAUCCAGCUUAGUACAAGCUACUACAGCGAAUGUACCAACUACUGUCACGCGUGCUGCAAAAGUCAGCCCCAUGCAGAUACGUUGCAAGUUUGGUCAAUUGGGUCCUGGAAAAGGCCAGUUUAAUUCCCCUCACGGAUUUUGUCUCGGUUUGGAAGAAGACAUCGUCGUCGCCGAUACAAACAAUCAUCGUAUACAGAUUUUUGAAAAGUCUGGAACAUUCAAAUUUCAAUUUGGAAUGGCUGGAAAGGACGAAGGUCAACUCUGGUAUCCCAGAAAGGUAGCAGUUAUGAGGUCCAGUGGAAAGUACGUGGUUUGUGACCGUGGAAAUGAAAGAUCCCGCAUGCAAAUAUUUACUAAAAAUGGACACUUCCUGAAGAAGAUCGCCAUUCGUUACAUCGAUAUAGUUGCUGGUUUAGCGGUGACCUCAGUUGGUGAGAUCGUGGCUGUUGACAGCGUUAGUCCAACGGUAUUCGUGAUCUCCGAAACUGGUGAUUUGAUACGUUGGUUCGACUGCAGUGAUUAUAUGCGUGAACCCUCUGACAUAGCAAUCCAUGGAAAGGAAUUUUAUGUGUGCGAUUUCAAGGGCCAUAAUGUGGUCGUAUUCAGCGAAGAAGGCAGUUACAUUAGGCGCAUAGGCCAGGAGAAUAUUACCAGUUAUCCCAACGGAAUUGACAUCUCCGAUGCCGGCGAUAUCCUCAUUGGAGAUUCUCAUGGGAACCGAUUCCACGUUGCCGUUUUCGGUCGUGAUGGAGUCCUUAUUUCCGAAUUUGAAUGUCCAUAUGUAAAGGUUUCAAGAUGUUGCGGAUUGAAGAUAACAUCUGAGGGAUAUGUGGUGACAUUGGCCAAAAACAAUCAUCACGUGCUGGUGCUCAACACCCUCUACAUUCUCUAGAGCCUCCUUGCAAGUAGUAUGAUCUCUAUUUAAUUUUAUUAUUUUAAUUAUUUAACCUACAGAACUGAUUUUAUUGUUUAUUUAAGUAGAUGUAGCAGGUGGUAUUUAGUCGUACUUUAUUUUUUUUCUUUUGAUUCUAUUUUCGACUCAAGAACAAGUCAAGUUGUUGAGACGCACUUUCUUUCAUUUAUUAUAAUUAGCUUUAGACAAAUUUAUCGAAACACAAAAAAGAAAUGAAAAGAUAAUGAAAAUAUUGUGUAAAGAAUUGCCCAAAGUUUAU